AUGUCGUCGCCGCCGCCGCCUAGAUCUUCCGGCGAAGAGCCAUUGAUAAAGAAGCCGGAGAAGAAGAGGAAGAAGCCGUCGCCGGUACUCCUACAGACGUCGCAGUCAACUCCGGUACCAUCGCUUCCUGAUGAUUUACUACUGAGUAGCUUCGCACGCAUCUCCAGAUUACACUAUCCGGCUCUCUCCCUCGUCUCCAAGAGCUUCGGGUCUCUCCUUGCUUCGCCGGAGCUUUACGAGACCCGAUCCUUAUUAGGCCGCACCGAGAGUUGUCUCUAUGUAUGCUUAAAUUUCUAUCCUGACCCUAACCGUCGCUGGUACACUCUCUGCCGGAGGCCUAAUCGAGCCCUAACCAAUGACGACACCAGUGAGAAGAUUAAGAAGAAGAAAGAGAAGCCAAGUCGCCAUCUUUUCGUCCCAAUCGCAAUCCCCAAUGCUCCUCAAGCUCAUUGGCAAAGCGUGACUGCCAUCGUCACGUUUGGCGCGAGGCUCCGAGCAUGUUGGUGGAGCGAAAAAAACCCAGCGGCAAAUGUCGUCGAUGGGAAGAUAUAUGCAGCAGGAGGAGUCAACAACUUCAAUUCCUCAAACUGGAUGGAAGUUUUCGAUCCAAAAACUCAGACUUGGGAGUUUGUGAUGUGCCCUCUUGCAGAGAGAUACUGUAGCAGUAGUGUAGACAAGAGCGCAGUGAUUGAAGGAAGAAUCUUUCACAUGUUUCGGAACGAGAGCAGUGUGGUUUACAGUCCAAAAGAAGAUAGAUGGGAACUGAGAAGUGGCAUCUGUAUGACUAUUUUGGAUUUAGGUUGGUCAUGGCUCUCGUAUUGCGUGAUCGAUAACGUACUCUAUUACUGUGAUAUUACAUCUGGACUCAGGUGGUUCGACUUUAAGCGUGGCUGCUGGGUUAAUCUGAAGGGAUUGAAAAGACUGCCUAGGUUUGCUGGUUAUGGCUGUGUUAAAAUUUCGGAUUGUGGUGGGAAGAUGGGUGUUUGCUGGAUCAAGUAUUUCCGUGCUAGCGGAUAUAAGGAGUCGAGGAUUUGGUGUGCGGUCAUUGCGCUUGAAAGACGCAAUGGUGAUGAGGAUGAGGAGGAGAUUUGGGGAACGGUUGAGUUGAUUGAUCCUGUUCUUACAGUUCCAAACUCUUGUAGAAUCGAGUGUGUUCUUGCUGCUACUGUUUGA